AACCAUCGUUCCACGUCAAGUCCACCUUCUUUUACGUCUCUACACGUAACCUUCGCGUCGCGCUCGAUCCCACACGCGUCGGCUCUCAUAUCAGCGACCCGCACAUCUUCCCAACGUUCUCACACGUUGUCGCCCUCACCUUACAAUGUCCGACGACGCACCUGCACAAUCACCUGUCGCAGACGCCAAGCCAGAGGAGACGGCAACGCGUUCUGCUGACCUAGACACAACUGCGAGCGCCCCUGCUGCCGAUACUACAACAACGACUGAGGCAAUUGAGUCGAAGGAAGAUGCUGGUGUCGCUGAAGGUGGGUCUUGCGAAUCAGCGCAGCAUAGUUUCGACAAAUCUAAUUGUCGCAGAAGUAGCCACCACCGGUGAUACCAAUGGCACUGCUACCAAGCAGGACGUAACUCAAGAUAAUGCUGAUACCGGAUCGGCUACACCCGCCCCGGUAAGCACGCCAGCUCCUAAGAAUGGCAAGCGAAAAGGCUCCUCUGGCGUUCCUGAGCACAAAGGCAAGAAGACACCGGCAAGCAAAAAGAAGGCCCCUCCUGUCUUGCAUCUGAACGCGAAGCCGGGCGACCUAUGGUUUGCCAUAUUCAAGGGUCACGCCCCGUGGCCCGCCAUCAUCUGCGAUGAGGAAAUGCUACCUGAAAGUCUGCUUUCGAAGCGGCCUGUCAGCGCUGCCCGACCCGAUGGAUCUUAUCGCGAAGAUUUCCACGAAGGCCAAAAAAACGCGCGAGACCGUCGCUACCCUGUCAUGUUCCUUGGUACCAACGAAUUUGCCUGGCUAGUCAACACUGAUCUACGACCUCUUGACGUCGAAGAGGUAAAGCGUAUCUACAGUACCGAGGAUAAAGGCAAGAAGUCUCAAAGCCUCUGGGACGCCUACGGCAUUGCCGCAGAGGAGCAUGAUUUAUCAUGGUUCAAAACAAUGCUUUCUGAGCACGAGGUAGCCAUUCAGCAGGAUAUAGAGGAAAAAGAGGCUCGCGCUGCAGAAAAGGCAGCUAAAAAGGAGCAAGCUGCGCGUCGGAAGAGUGCCAAGGCUGAUGACGACGACGUAGAGAUGGAAGACGCUGCCGGUGACUCUAGCAAAAAGAAUAAGAAGAGGAAGAAGGACGGCGACGAUGUGGACGAUAAAGCGGCAAAGACCCCUAAGAAGCUGAAGGUUAAUGGGCCCAAGACCCCUGCCGCGGACUCGGCUGUGAAGCCAAAGUCAAAGAAGCCGAAGGAGAAGAAGGCCAAGGCUGAAGCCACCGCGUCGCCUGCGGCGGUGGAAUUGACCGGGCCUGAGAGGCAGGCAAAGACGCAGAAGACAGUCCUGUAUCUUCGUCAUCGCUUACAAAAGGGUUUCUUGAACAAGGAUACUGCACCCAAAGCCGAAGAUAUGGAUGCAAUGGACAGUCAUCUGAAGCAGUUGGAACAACACGAGGAUUUGGAAGCCGAGAUCAUCAAAGCGACCAAGAUUCACAAAGUGCUGAGAGGCAUCACCAAGCUUUCGCCAGUUCCUCCAAAGGAUGAAGAGUACAACUUCGUCAAGAGAUCCACUGCCCUGAUGGAUAUUUGGAACAAGACUCUCGAGAGUGCAAGCGAGACACCAGUGACAGCGGCGCCGCCUGCUUUCACCAAUGGCCACAAGGAAGAAUCGACAGCACCUAACGAUAAGGAGGAAUCUGUCCCUCCCAAGGAGGAGCCUGAAGCUGAUGAAACAAAAGAUGUUAUCAUGUCUGAUGCGGCAGCGGAAGAAGCAAAUGAAGACGAGCCAGAAAAGACAGUCAAAGAGUCGACCGAGGUUCCAGCAGGCACUGCUUGAUCACUAGAAAGGUCCUGGUUCCUUUCAUUUGCACGAGGUUUGCAUCUUAUACGUCGGUAAUACCCACUUUCGACUCAACUGAUGGUGGAUAUACUGCUCUUUUGAAGAAGGUGGUCUAGUUUGGGCCCAUCAUGCUAAAGUUUUCAUAUAUGUUGCCCUGUACAAAAUCGUAUGACACCCAGCCGGGGAUGGACGUUUCGCGAAUGUUUACCUCGCCAAGCGAUGGGA